AUGGUCGUCUACUACGAAAUCUUCGGGCAGAAAGUCGGCUCGCACAUCCUCGCCAUCGCCACCCUCGGAACGACAGCCGUCGGCACCUGGGCCCUGAGCGGAGGCAGCAAGAAGCCGGCAGAGAAGUCUCCACCAAUCCAGGCCAGUAGCAAGGAUGAAGAGAACUUUAUACAAGAGUUCCUGAAGAACGCGGAUAAGGGUCCGGCGGAGGCGAAGCACUGA